AUGCGGAGGGGCAUCGGAGCAGCUUUGCUCGCGUGGUGCCUCUCCACACUGCUUGCACAAGAGGUGCCGAGCUUGCGAAGCCAGACAAGCUGCGAGCUGCUGCAAGGGGUGGAUGCGACUACAAUGCUUUUGCGUGCUCGUGCCUACUACCGUACGGGCUUGUUUGAGCUGGCUGAUGCCGACAGAGUCGCCUAUGUCUUGGCGAACUUGGAUGGAAUUGCUGAGGCGUGUCCGGCUGUUGCGCUUCAGGCAUUGCUCCUCAAGCUGGAGGAAAACAUUAUUGUACAACCCGGCGCGUUUGAUACUUUGAUGUCGCGCUAUACUUUGAUUUUGCACCAGGCUGUGCGAGAGCAAACAAUCACGGCUCAAGACAUGAGGAACUGGCCGUUGGACUACGGAGUAGAGCGAGUUCUCAACAUCAGCCAGGCUUUGGCCCUUCCGCGACGCUUGACGGCUUCAGUCGUCAUGAACUACUGCCAGGUGGUGGACCGCUUUGGCACAAGCCAGCUCCUCACUUGGUUGAUGGAUCCUCCUUUCGGGGAACCCAUCGAGGGUGUGUUGGAGUCUGGUUUGCUGAGAAACACGGAUCUCCACAUCUUUCAGGUUGACUGGCCCUGGUGUGAACCACUUCCACAGGAUGUCUUGGACCGACUGCGGGUAUCUGUAAGGGAACUUCGCGUGGUGACAUACCGUGGCGGUCCCCGGCGUGAGGAGCAGACAGCUUAUUUCAAGUACAUCCUGGAUAACUGGGAUAACUUGCCUGACUUCACCAUCUUUGUGCAUCCCGAUGCCGACGAACAUCAAGGCCAGAAGUUUCUGGCGCUGACCCGAGUGCUGAAGCUAAUAAACACGCAGUCGCAAUUUGCAUAUGAUGCGCUGGAAUAUUAUCCGCUCGCACAGCAGAUGGUCGUCGACCCAAGAAGGACGUGGGGGAGAGAGGGUGCAGAUGCCUUUGCGCCUGUUUGGCGCAGAUUCUGGCGCCGUCUUUUUGGCAAUUCCUGGGAGGACUUGGGCUUCGCAGAGCCGCGCUGCAAGUGGGAGAAGCACCCCGGCCACUUUCUGGCCCAACAUGCGGAGGGCGACACUCGGCGAUACUCUCUGCCCGACGCCAAGCUCGUUUGCGCGCAUCUUGGAGACGCCUGCGGCGGGGUGACGUGCGGAACCCCGAUUGAAGCCGACGAGUUCGACCUGCCGGGCCAAGACCAGUUUGUUAGAGCCACUUGCACCGUGCGACGCGGCGCGGAUGGACCCUCAGCCUCCCCGGAACCUGCAGAAGUGAGCUAUGUUAAGACAUGCUUAGACCGAGAUGCAGAUGCCGAGCAAGACUCGGUAUCGAAAGCGACCUAUCGGGAAGCGAAAGGCACCUUCCUGCUGGGCUACGCCGCAGAUGAUUCCGUUUUGAGAGGUGAGGCGGAGUCGCGAAGACGCUGUGAUGAACUGCGUGAUGCGUGCACCGGGUACACGUGCGAGAAGAGCUUGGUUGUCACAAGAAGCAUGACCAAGAAGGCUUACCAAGAAGCCCAGGCGGCCCAGGUUUGCACCGUGAGGGCGGGCUCCCAGCUCACCGGGAGCCCCACAGGAGAGGUGACGUAUGUAAAGGUGGCUGCGAGCCCCAAGUUGCAGGAGGCCGUCUCCCAAGGCCCUGCCAAGCCCGAAGCCAGCGGCGUCUUCCAGUUCUACACCGGCUCGCAGUCCGUAGUCCGCAAGGACCGCCUGGGGUGGUGGCCGCGCGAGGAGAUCGAGACCUUCGCCGCGGAUGGCGUGUGGUGCUCGGACACCACCGGGCUGGUGGAGGCAGUCUGGCAUCGCUUGUUCGGGGAGCCUCUGUCGCAGCAUCCCCGCCAGGAGGAUCCGGCACUGCCUUUGUUUCUCAAGUGGGGUAUUCCCACCUUCUUCUCCUACGGUGACGAGGGCGUGAUCUGA